AUGGUUUUCAAUAAAUGCAAGAAAACUGAACAUGCAGACUUGUUUCCAUAUUACCUAAAGACCAGAGGGCUGGUAAAACAGCACAUUACAAGUUUUGACUAUUUUAUUGGAACGGAUAUCAAGAAGAUUGUCUCGGCCAAUUCUACCUUGAAGUCAGAUGCUUCUAGUGUGUUUUACUUAAAGUAAGAUGUUUUUAUAAGUUUUCUUUUGUUUUUAGAACUUUCAAAAGUUCAGAUUUACAUUAUUUACAUUUCUAUGCGGUUUGAUCAGAACUUUCUCUAAAAGAACAAAUACCUAGAAAUAUUUUUUAAAACUAUUAUUAAUGUUUUGUUUCAGAUAUCUAGAUGUGUAUGUUGGAGAACCAUCGAGUGAAGAAGGCUUUGGAGUGGCUAAUGGCCGUAUCACUCCACAUGAAUGCCGUUUACGUGAUUUAACCUACUCUGCUCCCAUUUAUGUUGAUGUCGAAUAUACGAGAGGGAAUCAAAAGGUCAGAAAGAACAACUUGAUCAUAGGGCGGAUGCCUAUUAUGCUCAGAUCUAUGAGAUGUAUAUUGAGCAAGUUGAAUACGGAUGAAGGAUUUGCUGAACAUGACGAAUGUCCUCAUGAUCCCGGAGGUUACUUUGUGAUCAGAGGUGCUGAGAAGGUUGUGCUGAUGAUGGAACAAGGUUGUAAAAACAGAAUCAUGGUGUCUAGGAACUCUAAAAAGGAGUAAGUUUAUUUUUGUUAUGGCUUUUAAGGUUUUAGGCUCAUUAAAUAAAGAAACAUUGACGAAUUUAAGAGGAAUUGAGCACGAAAAUAAAACGAAAUAUUUUUAGACUAGUAUGUGAAGUCCUUUCAUCAACAACAGAAAGAAAGUCAAAGACGAAUGUGACGAUAAAGAAGAAAAAGUACUACAUGAAACACAAUCAGUUAGCUGAAGAAAUACCAGUGGUAGUUAUAUUCAAGGCUUUGGGUAUUGAAAGUGACUACAACAUCAUGACAUCGAUAGGAGAAGAAGAAAUUUAUGUUUCGGCUGUAGGACCUUCGCUUUUGGAAUGUAAAGAAAUGGGAAUCAUUACACAGGACGAUGCGUUGGAGUAUAUUAGUUCUAAAGUAGGUUUUGGACUUUAUAAAAAAAUGAAGGGAGGAGCAAGCAAAAAAUAUUUAUAAAAUCAUAUGUGACAUAAAGAGUGAACUUCAUCAUAAAAAUUGGAUGCACUUUUUUGUAAAAUACGUUUAUCAAAAUUUGUCGUUUUAUCAAAGUUUUUUAGGUAAAAAUUCGCCGAAUCGGCCAAAACCCUCGCGCAGUGGGCGCAAAGGAACGGAUGGCACAUGGCCUUGACUUCUUGAGGAAUUCUAUGUUGUGUCACGUACCAUCAACGACAGGCGUAAUGAAAGCCAAAGCUGUAUAUCUAGGCUUGAUGGUUAGAAGACUGAUCGCUGCUGACUGUGGUCUAGUUCAACCGGAUGAUCGCGACUUUUAUGGAAACAAAAGAAUCGAGUUGGCUGGGUCUUUGCUGGGUUUGAUGUUCGAAGAUUUGUUUAAAAGGUUCAAUCAGGAGUUGAGAAGAGUGGCGGAUACUCAUUUGUCGAAGGCUACAGCUACACCAUUGGAUAUCAUCAAACAUAUGAGACAGGUAAAGGGUUUGAUUGGUUUUUUCGGAUUUAUAGUGGUUUUACUAAAUAAAUUAGGCUAAGAACACUUACUUGUGACAAACUAUGUCAUAAACAUUUAAAAGUACAUCUUAUACGAUCAAACAUGUAAAGUUUUAAAUUUUCAGGACAUGAUAACAAACGGCAUCAACUCAGCGUUGGCCAGUGGAAACUGGUCGAUUAAACGUUUUGGAAUGGAACGACAAGGAGUGACACAAGCUCUAUCAAGACUGUCAUACAUAUCCAUGCUGGGCAUGAUGACCAGAAUUAACUCGAAUUUUGAAAAAACGCGAAAAGUCAGCGGUCCGAGGUCAAUCCAGUGCAGUCAAUGGGGCACGGUCUGCGUAUCCGACACUCCGGAAGGCGAAUCCUGCGGAUUGGUGAAGAAUUUGGCAUUGUUAAGUCAUGUUACGGUAGAUACGGAAGAAGAACCGAUUAGAAGGCUGUUGUUCAACUGUGGUGUACAAGAUGUGGUACCGUUGAAGUUUAGUCAGAUUCAUGAUUUGUAAGUUUUUUGUAGGGUAAGAGGGAGGUGUUAGUGUUUUGAGAUCGACGGAGUGAAAUUUUGAAAAUGUUAUGUUAGAGUAGGUAAAAGUGGCAUUUAAAAACAUUUUUGUUUGUUAAUUUUGCAUUUUGAACUGCCACGUUAAUAUAAACUGUUUCAGAAAGAACUUCUUGGUCAUGCUGAACGGUUGCUUAGUCGGUCUGAUUCAAAAUCCCUACACCGUGAUUCAAACCGUUCGCCUAAUGCGUCGUUGCGGCCACAUUGAUCCGUUUGUCAGUGCGUCUUUCAACGAAUCCUCAAGGUCUGUACUAAUUGCAUCGGAUGGAGGACGUCUAUGCAGACCAUAUGUGAUUGUCAGUGAGGAUGGUAAGCCGAUGUUGUCGAUGGAGCACGUGGAAAAGGUGAAAACAGGAGAAAUGACAUUUGAUGAUUUGAUUCUGAACGGAAUUAUCGAGUUUUUGGAUGUUAAUGAGCUGAACAAUUGUGAUGUUAGUGUCUAUGAAAAGGAUAUUACUAAAGGAGUUACAACACACAUGGAGGUAGGUAUUUUAAGCUGGCGCAUGACUGAAAAAUGACAUUUUUGUAUUAAAGAACGUUGCAACGCGUUGCUGUUGUUGAAAAGUAUUUUUUUUGUACUACAAAUGUCUUUUUGUCAUUAAAAAUGACUUUGUACGAAAAAAUGAUAUUUGUUUAAUUUUUACAAAUUUUAGAUCGAUCCGCAGUCGAUUCUUGGAGUAGUGGCAGGUAUCAUACCUUACCCACAUCACAAUCAAAGUCCCAGAAACACGUAUCAAUGUGCUAUGGGUAAACAAGCGAUGGGUGCAAUCGGUUAUAAUCAACACAAACGAAUCGACACACUGUUAUAUCUACUGGUAUAUACCCAAAAACCUCUGGUAAAAUCAAGAACGAUCGAAUUCUGUGGCUACGAACAGCUGCCAGCCGGUCACAAUGCCAUGGUAGCGGUAAUGUCAUUCUCUGGAUAUGAUAUUGAGGAUGCGUUGGUGUUGAACAAAGCUUCAUUGGACAGAGGAUUUGGAAGGUGUAUUGUGAAUCGACAAGCCAAAACCACUGGUAAAAGGUACGCCAAUCAAACUUACGAUCUCUUCAAACCGCCGGAUGUAAACGCUGCUAAUGGUCGGCCAGUUCAUCAACAAAGGAACAUUGAUCUAGACGGAUUUGUGAAGCCAGGCUCACAAUUGUGGCCGAAGGACUUUUUGGCUCACAAAUUCGUGCCGACAGUACAGAACGAGUUUUCUACACAACAAACGCCUCAAAAUGUGGAACAUAAACCCCAACCAAGUGUGUAUAAGGGAGCUAUGCACGCUUCGGCCGAUCAAGUUAUGGUGUCGUACAAUCAGGACGAUGCUUAUCUGAUGAAGGUUUUGGUUACUCAAGUUCGGUAAGGAAUUGUAUUGAUGCUUUUUUGGUUUUCAAGAUAGUUUUUUGAUGUUUUGUUACGAAAUUGGCAGUUUUAAGGCUAACUCAUGGAGUUUUUAAAAGAAUGGACAGUUUUUAGCCUAAAUUUUUUUAUUUUAUAUUAUAGUAGACUGUUUGAAACCUAAAUUUUGUUUUUCAGACGUCCCGAACUCGGCGACAAGUUCAGCUCACGGCACGGUCAAAAAGGUGUUUGUGGCUACAUUUGUCCACAAGAAAACAUGCCAUUCGACAGCAGUGGCAUCUGCCCAGAUCUGGUAAUGAAUCCUCACGGAUAUCCGUCUCGAAUGACGGUGGGAAAGUUGAUGGAACUCAUUAGUGGUAAAAAUGCCCUACAAACUGGUCGGUUCCAUUACGGUACUGCUUUCGCUGGAGAUCAAAUGCCAAAAGUCACCGAAGAGCUGGCUAGCUAUGGCUACAAUUAUUUGGGCAAAGACAUGUUAACAUCCGGCAUCACUGGUCAACAAAUACCCGCCUACAUCUAUUUCGGACCGAUUUACUAUCAGAAGCUAAAACAUAUGGUCAUUGAUAAGAUGCACGCUAGGGCUAGGGGUCCAAGGUGAGUAUUGAGAGAAGUUUAUGGGCCAUAGAUCAGGUCUUACGAAGUAAAAAAGGUCUUUUGAUUUUUUUCGAUAUUGAAGUAGAUAAAUAUAGCUAGCCAUUUUUUAUCAUAAUUUUUCAGGACAAGCUUAACCCGCCAGCCGACAGAAGGUAGGGCUCGAGAAGGUGGUCUUCGACUGGGUGAAAUGGAAAGAGAUUGUCUUAUAGCCUACGGCGCUUCAAAUAUCUUAAUUGAACGUCUGAUGGUAUCUUCGGAUCAGUUCAGUGUAGACGUCUGUAAACAAUGCGGAAUCAUGGGCUAUCUAAAUUGGUGCCAAAAAUGUCAAAGUAGUACCACUAUGGCGAGAAUUCAGAUACCAUAUGCUUGCAAAUUGCUAUUCCAAGAACUUCAAGGCAUGAAUAUCAUACCAAGACUGAUCACCAAGAGCAUCAUGGACAAUCAGUGA